CAAUUCAAACUUGCGCGAGGAGUGGACCGUCCUUGAACUUUCAUGUCAGCGGCAGUGACUGCAGGAGCACCUUUCAACGAACGGAUAGACACCAUCAAUCCUCAAGAUGACCGCCGCCAAAGACUCCGACUCCGACGCCGGCAGUGACCACCAGCACUGGGCGGACGACGAUGAAUAUAUCAAGCAAGCGGUCAUCGCCGCGCCAGGCUACGACUCCCACAAUGGACUUCGCUCUCACACUUACUACCCAUCCCAGCCCAUCACUCAGGUCUCACCCAAAUUCACCCCGGCGCCUCCAGUCUACUACCCGCCGUAUCCGCAGCCCAUAGCUUACCAACCGUACCAGGCUGCAGCCCAGUACGGCUUCAUUGCGCCGCCACCACACCCAGCAGCCGCCUACCCAACCCCGGCAUACUACACUUACGCUGUGCCUCCACAGCCGCAGCAGCCUCAGCCGAUGUCGAAUUACUAUAUCUAUCAGCCCGCCUACUCGGCCCCGGCUGUGGCUCCGAUUCAGGGCAAUGUCUGGACCGGCCGCACCAAGGCACAGGUUGAGGAAGACAACAUGAAGAUUGCCGCCAAGGAAGGCGCGAACGACAAGCGCAAGAUCGUGCCUACCGAUAUAAAGGAUGAUCAGAUGUGCUGGUGUGUUGAGCUGGAUGGAAGUCACACGCUGCGCACGUUCAUCAGUAUUAAAGAGCUCAAGGGCGAGUGGAAGAAGGACCCGCGCUUUCAGGAUUCGUACUACUUCCUCCGCGUUGAGGAGGAAGCAAAGAAGAAGGAUUGACUAGAGCUGUCAAGGCGUUUUCGAGUCUGCCAUGUUUGAAAAUCAGCAGCUGUAGCUCAGCAUGCUUCUGCGAGGCGGCAAGGGGAGCAAUGCGAUGAGGCCACGUUGGCCACUGGUGGUUUUUGAUCGCUGACGACUCGACGGAACUGCGCUUUGAUUCAUGACUGCUGCCUAGAGCUUGCAGGCUCUGCAUUCCGUGGCAGCUCGGUCCGCGUAGUAGCUUCACUGCCAUAAAUUGAGCGAC